AUGUUGACUAACCCUUACUUGGUUUGCUCCCUGGUGAAGACUUGCCAUGCUCGAAAAGUCCGCUGCGAUGCUGCCAGCCUAGGUGUACCAUGCACCAACUGCGUGGCCUUUUCGAUCGAAUGCCGGAUUCCGACACCGAAACGCAAGAAGAAUCAGACCAAGUCGUCAAAGGACGCUGUCGAUAGCGAAGAGACCGACGAAAAACCACAGAGCGACGAAAAACAAGAGGGGUCGGUAUCCGAGGGGGGGAAGGAUGCGUUUGGUUACCAGAACAAUCGAAUGGCCGUCGAUGGGAUGCCAGUUACUUCGCUUACAGAAACCCAGGCCGCCCACCAGGCAUCCCAAAACGGAACCUAUGCCCAAUUCAUGAAGCCUAAAUUUGCGCGGGCCCCAAUAAAGGAGGCCGGAAGGGUGGCAUAUCUGGGCGAGUCUUCGAAUCUGUCCCUCUUGGUUCAGGACCGGCAUGGGACUACAGAUGUCGUACAUUACCCUUUGCCACCUAACAUCCGAGGGUCGCGUGCGAGACUCACGGAUCUAGAUAAUCUUGAACUGGAUAUCCUUCACCAACGCGGCGCUUUCCUUCUACCCCCGAAGCCGCUAUGCGAUGAAUUGGUUGACGCCUAUUUCAAGUGGGUAGCCCCCGUGGUGCCCAUCGUUAACCGCAGCCGCUUUAUGCGUCAAUACCGCGAUCCCAAGAAUCCUCCCUCCCUGCUUCUAUUACAAGCCAUACUCCUUGCUGGCUCAAGGGUCUGUACAAACCCACAGCUUAUGGAUGCAAACGGCUCAACCACGCCGGCCGCCAUGACAUUCUAUAAGCGUGCAAAGGCAUUGUAUGAUGCCAAUUACGAAGACGACCGAAUCACGAUUGUCCAGGCAUUAGUACUCCUGGGCUGGUACUGGGAAGGACCUGAAGAUGUGACCAAGAACGUGUUUUACUGGACCAGGGUGGCAAUAGUCGUGGCACAAGGGUCGGGUAUACAUCGCAGCGUGGAAACUUCACAACUUAGCAAGCCCGACAAGAGGCUAUGGAAGCGAAUUUGGUGGACUCUUUUCACCCGAGACCGGUCCGUAGCAGUCGCGCUAGGACGCCCGAUUGGAAUCAGCACGGACGAUUCGGACGUUGGGAUGCUGACGGAAGACGACUUCGUCGAAGACGAGGUUGAUAUUGCUGCCGAGUACCCCCCAGACUCAGUCCAUGUGCAAUUUUUCCUGCAAUACGUCAAGCUAUGUGAAAUCAUGGGUUUGGUGUUAUCCCAACAGUACUCGGUUGCCUCUAAAUCCAGGCGUAUGAAUGCCAUGGAUCUGACCCACUCCGAUAUGGCCCUUGCCGAUUGGCUUCAGAAUUGUCCCAAGGAAGUAUGUUGGCAACGACAACGACAUCACUUCUGGGCGGCGCUCCUUCACGCUAAUUACUACACUACCCUCUGUCUCUUGCAUCGAGCACAUAUGCCGCCCGCAUCGUCGGUUCCCAGCAGCUACCGUGUUGAGGAGAUGGCAUAUCCAUCACGCACCAUUGCAUUCCAGGCUGCGGGGAUGAUUACCUCCAUCAUCGAGAAUCUUCAGGCUCACAAGGAAAUUCGAUACACGCCCGCAUUCAUUGUCUAUAGUUUAUUCUCCGCUUUGAUCAUGCACGUUUACCAAAUGCGGUCCUCUGUGCCUUCGGUUGUUGCUACGUGCCAAGAAAGGAUUAAUAUCUGUACGCAGGCACUCAAAGAUGUCUCCAAAGUGUGGCUUGUGGCCAAGAUGGUCCAUACCUUGUUCGAGUCCAUUCUGGGCAACAAAGUUCUCGAGGAACGUCUACAGAAAGCCGCGGGAAAGAGGCAUCAGCGGACGAAACACGAUCACAACCAGCACGCCUCUACGAGAAGGCCAGAUCCACCCAAGCGCAAGUUCGAUGAGAUGGAUAUCAACCUACCCAACGGUGGCCCUACGCCUCCGGUGUCGUACGAGCGGUCUCGUCCACAGACGCCCGCCCCUACUCCCGCAAGGGAGAUGCCGCAGCCUGGCUUAACCGUCCCUCAAGGUUCUCCCCCGGUAGCUAGGGAAGGUCUCUCCGGAACAGGCCACUCUCGCGCAAACACGCGCCCCACAACCCCUUUCAACAAUCAGUUCUCUCUUCCUGCAACACCUCCAGACCUGUUCCUGGUUACACGUACCUCGCCAAACCUCUCCCCCUCGCUUUGGGAGAAUUUUCAGCCUGAUCAAUUGUUCCCUGAUGGCACCGCUAUCUUCCCAGAGCUGACCUCUCCCCAGAGUGCGGCGGUUGAUCCACAGCUACAGAUGCAAACGCCAAUCCAACCUCACGGACUCGACCAACGAUCGAUGCUGCCGCAGCAGAUUCCACCGCGAACUCUGGCUGGCACUCAAGCAAGCCCAGAGCUUCUAUCAACCAUGCCUCCAGGUAUUGGCCUCCCAGGACAACCACCCCAGCAGAUGUUUGGAAUGGAAUCCCAACCAGCAUGGCCCAUGCCCGGACUGGAGGGCCAUGUAGCAGCGGCGGCGAUGGACAAUGCGAGCCAAGAUGACAACUGGAGCAGCAGCUCUCGGAGUGGCCCAACGGCCCCAACGACUCUCAAUGUGGAAGACUGGUUCCAAUUCUUCGGCAUUAACGGUAGCUUUGGUGAAAUGACAGCUUGA